AUGGAUUCUUCAUUUAUUCUUUUUAAUAUUCCUGAUUAUGUUAGUGAAAUAAUUUGUCACUUGUUCGAUGAUCAUCAAGCACUUUUCUCUUGUGCUUUAGUCAAUCGAUCAUGGUGUAGAUCUGCUAUUCCUCUACUUUGGAGUGAUGUCUUUAACAAUCACUUAUCUCAUAAUAAAGAAAUAAAAAUUAUUCACACCUAUGUAAAAGGUCUUCCAGAAAUUCAAAAGAUAAAUUUGAUAAACAACAAUUUAAAUCUUCAAGAUUUCAAACCAACUUUGUUUGAUUAUCCAAAAUAUUUGCGAGUUUUGAAUUGUCUUUAUUUCGACAAUGCAUUAUACUCUUGGUAUAACGCUACCAUUAAACCUGGUGUUGAUAUUACUGAAUCUCAAAACACAUUUCUUCAUUGUAAUCUAAUAAUCAGUCAACAUAUCUUAAAUCAUUCUGCUGGCUUAUAUACCUUAUACCUAAGUUAUCAUUAUACUCCUAAUAGAAGUUGUUUUAUGCAUCUCCCUUUAGAUCCAUUUGUAAAAGAUAUCUGGCAUACUUUUUCAGAAUUAUCCGAGUUACAUAUAAAUUUCCCUGUAAAUACAUUAAAUAUUUCACUACUUUAUGAGAAAUUAUCUUUACAUACUCAUAAUCUUCAAAAACUUUUUAUCACUUCACCGGUUACUUGUACUUCUUAUCAAUCUGAAACAUGUAAACAUUUAUUCCAGUUGAUAAAUUCACAACGUAACCUUCAAUCCCUUACCAUUUUCUUUUCUUGGCCUAAUUCUCAAUCACCUUUAUUUUUUUCUGCACUCUCAAGUCAAUCUCAUUCUUUAAGACAUCUCGAAAUAAGUGAUUUCUAUGACAUCCCUCUCUUAAUCUCUUCUUGCUUAUCAUCUUUUAACUUGGAUACUUUGAAAUUCUUUUAUUGUUAUAAACUAAACUUACGAAUAGAUCCAAGUCCUAUACCAGUUUUAUCUUCGGAUUGUCAAUUUCGAAUCAAAAAUUUAAUCAUCUCUGGGGCCCAUUAUUCUGUACUUAAUCCUUUUUUUUCUUUAAUAAUUAAAACGGCUGGUUCGAAUUUGCAAAAGAUAUCUUUUAAUGGCUGUGAUAUAGCCUUAAUAAAUACAAUUUCUGAUUAUA